UUGAAAUUCUCGCAGCGAACGAAGCCCAAAUCCGUCAUUUGGAGGGAGAGAGAGAGAGAGAGAGAGAGAGAGUGUGGCGGUGGAAGGGAAGGAGAGAGAGAGAGAGAGGGACUCGUGGAGGGUGGGUGUGGGCGAUGCGUGGAGGUCAGGGGGCAGGUGGUGAGUGGCAGAGACAGAGUAAAGCGGCGAGAUCCCGGUCCUCUUUUUGUAAAAUGGCCUAUCUCAAACCCAUCUUCGCUUCCUCUUCUACAUAAAAAGUUAAUCCCAGACACAAAACACACGCACGGACACAACAGUCAAUCCCCACACCGAUUUUCAGAGAGAUGAGUGAGUCGGCGAAGGUUUUGUACAUAGUGGUGGUGGAUGCCGAGGAAGCGAGAGAGAAAGGGCAGGAGUCUUUUCGAUAUACGCGUCCGGUUUUGCAGAGCUCUCUGCAACUCAUGGGAUGCAAGCCUCGACACGCCUUCAAGAUUAGUCAACGAGUUUUUGAAUUGAUAAGAAACGUAAGUUCAUGUAAUGCCUUGCUUCCGGACGGGACAGAGAAUGUUUCCCCCAGUAAAGCUGAGGCGUGCAAGCAUAUGGUUUCAGGGAAAGAUCAUAGAAGUAAGAGUGUACCAUUUGAAAUGUACAAAACACGUACGACUGUUGUAGUUAGGAGAGAAACUUACUUGGAUGUUGUUUGUGAUGCUCUGGCUGAGUACAAGUAUGUUGGUCCAAAUCAGAGGGCAGACUUAGUUUUGGCAUGCAGAAUUCGAGAACGGAAGGAAUCUGUAACAGUACUGUUGUGCGGCACCAGUGGCUGUGGAAAAUCUACUUUGUCUUCAUUGCUGGGUAGUAGGUUGGGAAUCACAACUGUGAUAUCUACCGACUCGAUUCGGCACAUGAUGAGGAGUUUCGCAGAUGAGAAGCAAAAUCCUUUACUAUGGGCUUCAACCUAUCAUGCAGGGGAGUGUUUAGAUCCAGUGGCAGUUGCAGAAGCAAAAGCCAAAAAGAAAGCCAAAAAAUCAGCUGGAAGUUCACAUUCACUUUCUAAAGAUGGAAUAGUUGAUGGCUCUAUGUUAGACGCUGGUUCGAGUACUGCUGAAUUGAUCGGUCCAAAGCAGAUGGCCAUUGAAGGAUUCAAGGCACAAAGUGAGAUGGUAAUUGACAGUCUUGACCGUCUUAUUACUGCAUGGGAGGAAAGAAAAGAAUCAGUUAUUGUAGAAGGUGUUCACUUAAGCCUUAAUUUUGUGAUGGGGCUUAUGAAGAAACACCCUUCGAUCAUACCAUUCAUGAUAUUUAUCACAAAUGAGGAUAAGCACUUGGAGAGAUUUGCAGUACGUGCAAAGUAUAUGACACUGGACCCAGCAAAGAACAAAUAUGUGAAGUACAUCCGAAACAUCAGAACAAUUCAAGAAUAUCUCUGCCAGAGGGCUGACAAGCAUCUUGUCCCCAAAAUUAACAACACUAAUGUUGACAAGAGUGUGGCUGCAAUCCAUGCAACAGUCUUUAGCUGCCUCCGUAGGCGUGAAGCAGGGGAACAACUUUAUGAUCCCACGAGAAAUACAGUAACCGUAGUGGAUGAGGAGUAUAGGAACCAGCGUGCAGCCAAUUCUUUGAGUUCAAAGGGGAUGUUUCAACUUAUCCAGAGAAAAGGGUCAUCUAGGCAUCUGAUGGCUCUUGUAAAUACUGAUGGAUCUGUAGCAAAGGCUUGGCCUGUUGAUUCAGUCGAUCGUAAUGGGAAGCCUAUAUUCUGCCAUGGGACUGAGAUGGAGAUUGGCAGUGCAGAGCAAGUGAAUCUUCAGUUUGGUCUCUAUGGUUUAAGCGCUUGGCCCAAAGAUGGUGGCCCAAGCUGUGCUGGAAGUGUUGAUGGGUCAAGGGCUGAUGAUACUGAGACUGUAAGUAGGCAUUUCUCUUCUUGCUGCAGCUCACCACGAUCGGAGGGACCUGCCAAGGAGCUGAAGGAGGACAACUCGGUGCAUGGCAGCGAUGAAGAGGUUGAUGAAUCAGCUGAUGUAGGCAGUGAUGAGGAAUUAAGUGAUGAUGAUGACAAACAAGUUGAAGAAGAGAUAGGGUCAGUGGAUGAGGAGUCUACGAAAUCAGAUGAAGAGUAUGAAGACCUGGCAAUGCAGGACGUUCAGGGGAAUGGAUACUGGUCAGAUGAUGGUGCUACGGAGCGCAAGCUUAAGAUAUUCCCAGUUGCUGAGCACCCAUCAGCCAAUAAGGAUGUGGAUAAGUAUCGCCAGAACCUGGAUCUUUUCCUUAGAACUAGAAACGAGUCAUUUUCUGAACCACUAUGUUCAUAUACGUCUCUCCUCUUUAUGGAGAAGAAUGAGAUGACAAUGCCGUGCUCUGGCAAUAUGAAAAUUAGAAAACGCCGGUCCCUUAGCAUUCCAGCAUUGGGAAGGCAUGGGUCAAAAACAAGGGGUCCCAUACUUUCUGGUGCCCCUCAGUGCUAACACAACAUUUAGUUACAGCUUAGUGCUCUCAUCCCCUCGGUCUAUAUCUGCCUUUCUAUGUAUGGGCUCCCCUUUCUUUUUAGAGUACCUUAGGUUUAAGUAUCACCGAUAUGUACAGUUGUGCUUUGAGACUUGCAAUGAAAUGGUUUUGUGAUGCAUUUGCCA